GUACUUCUUUUUCGGCGAUCCCAGGACAGAUUUCACGAGCUCUCACGUGACUGCUUUGGUUGACAACCAAAUUCCCAUGUCAACUGCCAUUCUUUCUUCCCAUUUUCUUCCGCAAACCUGCCUCAGCUCGCUUCUCAUUUUCUUCUUCCGCAAACCUGCUGCUUGCUUGUCAUCAUCCCUGGGUAGCCCAAGAGACUCCGUUUGUUUGCUUGUUGGGAGUCGCGAUAUCCAUCCAUCUACAAGCUAAUAAGAGCUAUUAUCCAUUGUGUUGCCGAUCUGUUCAUUACCUGAACUUUCUUUUUUGACUUUCAAGAAAGAGAGAAGAUUGUUUGAAAACCCAAGUUUAACUGUGACGAUGAAUGCCCGAGGAAUCGCUCAAGAAGUGGUGAGCUGGUAUUUCCAGCAUCAAGAUCCCCACAACCCUCACGCUUCCAAUGUGGACAAGUACCUGCGAAGACCAGUGCUCUCCUUGACCAGGGGUGUCUUGCUUGGCCUCGAUAACGCCGAGGUGCCUUGUUCUACCGGUAGCAUCAGUGCAAGCCAAGAAGAAAAGAAAUGUAUGGAUGGCAGCAACAGCAACAACAACAACAAGCUGCUAGACCAGUCUUCCUGGCACCUCUCCAUGGAUCACAAGGAAAGUCGAGAUGUCUACGAUUCCCUGGCAAGAAGGGACAAGGCUCGCAUGGAAGCCUUCUUGAAAAGCGUGGAAAUCUCUGUCCCUUCCGACGUGGAACGAUCAUCUUCCCACGCUCCAACGAGAGCAACUUCUCCCAGUUCCUCCGUAUCAUCCGCUUCUUCCAAUCACAACAACAAUGAGGAACAACCACAACAACAACCACCUAAAGAAAUUUCAUCUCCUGUACUGACAUCCCUCAAUCAUCACGGCCAGGCACUGCUACGAUCCGUAUCCAGCGGCGUCGAUUCCAACAGUCUUCGCAAAAAGCCGCAACCUCAAAUUCGAGAACAUGGUCUCCUCAUUCGACUCGAGUUGUACAUUCGCACUCUCUAUCGCGUCCGAUCGUUGGAACGGGAAUGUGUCUUGUCGGUCGAACCCGAUCGAGCCAUUCGAGCUCGCGCGGGAAUGAUUGUAUCCUCCUUUGUCUCCACCAUUGGAUGCGUGCAAUCCCUCAGUCCAGUCCUCACCACACUACUAGUGACGCUCACCAAAGAAUUGCUGGCGGUCGAGUUUGUAGGAGAAGACUUGCAUCGUGUCAUUCGACGCAUUGUCAACGAGUACGAACACUCGACUUCCUUUGCCUCCUUGGCCUUUUUGUCUUCGCCCGAAGCAUCCGCCGAAACGCGCCUCACUCCCAUGGUCACCAACUACAUUCGGUAUCUGCAAUCCGAGUGGAAAGUCCACGAGGCAGGAUGUGAAUUGGAACGCAUGUUGGCGUCCAGCUUGGAUGGAAACAUGAGACGCUAUCUCAAGACGGUCGAAUUCCUCUCCAUUGGACACUUACUAGAAGUCUGUCAGGGAUUUCGAAACGAUUUGCAGAAUAUCGAAUUGGCACCCUCGCAUGCCAAUGACUCGCUCUGUAACAAUCCAGAUGCCGUACGUCAAGCCAUUAUGGAUCUGCAGCGAGAAAUCAUCACCAUUAAUGGACAUGUCUUGCCACCCGUCACGAGUCGCAAAGAUUUAAUUAGUCUCUUGUCGCAGUCACUCAAUUCGAGGACCUUGACGGCAACACCACCCAGCAAUACUCAUACCAAGAAACAGACUUCCAAGGCAAUCGAUUACGAAGAGGAAGAGGAGGAAGCAGAACCCUCCGAAGAUGCUGGAUGCUUCGAGGAUCGUCCUUCCUUUAUCUCGAUUGAACCCGACAAUAACAACAACAAGUUCAAGAAUCGUCGAGCAUCCUUUCAUUUGUCCACGGUCGAUCUGCUCACGAGACGACUCUUGAUUGCCGCCUCUCGGACGGGCACUGGUGGCGAUGCUUACUUUAUUGUUCGCGACCUUUUUGGAGACGAGGACGUCGAAGUCGUUCCUGCUAAAGUGCUACCUCAUCAUGUCCGUGCCUCUAGGGUCGGAUCGAUUGAAAUACAGGUCAGACUCGGCAGUGUCACCAUCAAAUGCCACGGCAGCUUUGACAUUUAUCCCAAAGCAUUGGUGGGAUGCUGUGAACCGCUUAUCCAACUGCACACAACCUCCUCCGAAACAAUCUACUUGCAGGAACUACGAUCCUGCGAUAGCUCCUCAGAAGGAGGAUGCUUGGAAGACGACGGAAGUCGCAGCUCUGAUGGAAUGGAGAAACUCGUGUUGCAGGAAAAGAAGACUCACAAAACGGGACACCGGUUUCUCUCGAUUCGCCCCGCGCUCUACGAGAGGGUCGAGGUUUGGCAGACAUUGAGCUAGGAAGCAAUCACACGAAAGCAAUCAACGUUUACGUGGAUUGAAAGGAGUUUGACAUACCAGGUACACAGUUUUGGAUGACAUGAGGGAAUAGAGCCGAAGCCAGCUUGCUACAAGAUAGAUAGCGACGACAACCUUUGAUUUUGUGUAAUUUUGACUACAUAGUGAGUGCAUGUCUUUUUGACAAUACAGUAGUUCUGGUGCACG